AUGGGCCAUAUUGAGAAGAACUGUAAUUCUUGUCAUAUGGAGAUUGAUUUGGGUACAAGAAAGGAAAGCCAAUAUGGUCCUUGGAUGGGGACAGAGGUUAGAAAAUCAAUGCUUUCUUCGCCAGAGGGAUCAAGGCGAGAAUUAAGGAAUAGAGUCAUCAUGGGUGAUUCCAAUGGGUGUGGCACUAACCUGGAGAACGUGUUAACUGAGCGUAUGGAAGUUUUUAGCAAUCAAGGGCACAAUCUAGGCCUACUAACUACAACACAUGGCGACAAAGGAGGAUCAGUAGGUGCAGAGGAAAAGACAUAA